GAGGUUGACGCGAGGUAACGGAUUUUCCCGGAAUCCUUUCAUCUACAAAAACAUGUGAGGAGAGCGGAAUGAGCACGAGUAUACUAUAUAGCGCGCGGUGUGUUCGUUUCGCUUUUGUUUCAUUGAAAUUAUAACGGAUUAUUUCAAACAAGGGGAAAGAGCUAGAAGCCACAUAUAUAAUGAAGUACAUUUUAGUGACUGGUGGCGUAAUCAGUGGUAUUGGCAAAGGUAUUAUUGCUAGCAGUGUUGGAACCCUCCUCAAGGCCUGCGGAAUCGGUGUCACUUCAAUCAAAAUAGAUCCAUAUCUGAAUAUUGAUGCAGGGACAUUUUCACCAUAUGAACAUGGUGAAGUGUACGUUCUCGAUGAUGGUGGUGAGGUGGACUUGGAUUUAGGCAACUAUGAAAGGUUCAUGGACGUCACACUCCAUCGGGACAACAACAUAACCACCGGAAAAAUCUACCAGUCCGUCAUAAGUAAAGAACGAAAAGGAGACUACUUAGGCAAGACCGUACAAGUCGUUCCUCAUGUGACAGAUGCAGUUCAGGAGUGGGUCGAGAGAGUUUCAAAAAUCCCUGUUGAUGGAGAUGAUAAAGAACCUGAAGUUUGUAUUAUAGAGCUUGGGGGUACAAUAGGAGACAUCGAAGGAAUGGCUUUCGUGGAAGCUUUUCGCCAAUUUCAGUUCCGCGUUAACCGACAGAAUUUCCUGAACAUCCAUGUGAGUCUGGUUCCGCAGCCAAAAGCUACCGGUGAACAGAAAACAAAACCAACGCAAUCAAGCGUACGUGAGCUCAGGGGGCUUGGACUGUCUCCAGACCUGGUUGUAUGUCGUAGUAGUCUUCCAAUUCAUGAUGCCGUACGAGAGAAAGUGUCUAAUUUCUGCCAUGUUGCCAAUGAACAGGUUAUCUGUGUCCAUGACUGUACCAGUGUUUAUCGAGUUCCACUUCUACUGGCUGAACAAAAUCUGAUCCCAUUCUUCAAAGGCCGGCUUGGACUUGAUCUACCGUUACGUCCCGGACGAUCUUUGUCCAAGUGGAAAGAGCUGGCGGAUAGGUAUGACCGCAACACAAACCCUGUCAAAAUAGCAUUGGUAGGAAAGUAUAUAAAAUUGGAAGAUGCUUACAUUUCGGUCAACAAAGCUCUUAUGCAUUCUGCUUUAGUCUGCAAUUACAGACUUGAGGUGAAGUACGUUGAUUCGGAAGAACUUGAAGAUGAAAUGCGGGAGAAGAACCCAGUCAAAUAUCAUGAAGCGUGGCAAAACUUAUGCGGUAGUGAUGGUGUUCUUGUCCCUGGAGGGUUUGGAGUUAGAGGCAUUGAAGGAAUGGUGAAAGCAGCACAGUGGGCAAGGGUAAAUAAAAAACCCUAUCUAGGUAUAUGCCUGGGACUUCAGGUGGCAGUGAUUGAGUUUGCAAGAAAUGUUCUAGGCAUGAAGAAAGCAAACUCAAGUGAGUUUGUGUCUGAAAAUGAUGAGACUGUGGUUAUAGAAAUGCCAGAACACAACCCAGGAGAUAUGGGCGGCACAAUGCGUCUUGGCAAGCGGAAAACUUUUUUCAAUCAACACAAAUCUGUGACAAGGAAGCUUUAUAAUGAUGUUGAAGUGGUGGAAGAGAGGCACAGGCACAGAUAUGAAGUGGAUCCAAGUAAAGUUGAAGAAUUUGAAGGGAAUGGUUUAAAGUUUGUUGGACGGAGUGAAGAUGGAAAACGAAUGGAAAUUAUGGAAUUAAGUGGUCAUCCAUAUUUCGUAGCUGUCCAGUAUCAUCCGGAGUACCUUUCCCGCCCCCUUAAGCCAUCCCCACCAUAUCUUGGGUUCAUACUAGCGGCGAUUGGCCGACUGACUUCAUUCAUCACAAGUGGAUGUCGUCUUUCACCCAGAAGCUCGUUUAGCGACGGAGAAACCUCAGACACAGAAGAGGAACUCAUGACAUUUCACGUUUCAAAUGCUUUGAGACAAAAUGCAAGUCAUUAACUUGCGUAUAGGUAUUAACUGCGAUUAGCUGACUGAGCUCAUUUGUUGCGAUCGACGGUGACACCUCAGACACGAAAAAGGAACUGAUGAUGUUUUGUAUGCUUUGAGACAAUUGCAAGUCAUUAACUUAUUUACGUACUUCCCAUGAUAGAUAUUCCAUAUUAUACCAAGAACACACACUAUGUUGGUAAUAGUACAUUUAGAAUCAACAUUGCCAGUAUUUGUAUAUAGUUCUUCCAUAUUUAAAUAUUUCUGUUAAAAUAUUGGUGGUGGUAAAAAAAUGUUACAAGAUAAUUUAAUGUUAUAUAAGUUCAUAGGUAUUGUGAUGUAUCACAGCAUCUUUGUGACGGUGCCUGUUCCAGAUAAUUGGUGCCUAUUUUGCCAUAGUGCAUUAUUUUUACUUUUUACCCACAAAUUCUAUUUUGUUUAAAAUUAAGGACUUGUGUAAACAGACCAAACUUAGUACAAGAUACCAGUAUGCUUAUUUUGAAGUAAAAGAAAUAUAACUUACAAAUGGCAUGUGAUGGUGCCUGUUCCAGAUAAUUGGUGCUUAUCUUUGCCAAAAUUAUAUGUAGCCAUGGAUAGUGACUUUUUCCCACAAAUUCUAUUUUGUUUAUAUCAAGGACUUGUGUAAACAGACCAAACUUAGUACAAGAUACCAGUUUAAAAAUUGCAGGAUAACAGUAUGCUCAUUUUGAAGUUCACAACAGUAAAAGAAAUAUAACUUACAAAUGGCAUGUGAUGGUGCCUCUUCCAGAUAAUUGGUGCUUAUCUUUGCCAAAUUAUAUGUAGCCAUAGUGCUACAUCAGUAUUCUCAUUUUGAAGUUGAAGUAAAGAAAAAAUGGUUAAUUAUUUUUAAGCUGCCUGUUAAGCACAAUGUGCGUGGGUGAUGUGGGUGAUUCAGGUAUGCAAGGUUAGGAUGUGCCAAUCCUGUAGCUCCACUAAGAAUGGUGAGAAAAUGGUUUUAUUUUGUAUCUUCAUUUUGAAGUAAAGAAAUGGUAAAUAAUUUUUUAAGGUGAACAUAAUGUAUUAAUACGCAAGGCUGAGAAGUACAAUGUCUAGUAAUAAAACCAAGGACGCUGACGAAUAAAGAUUUAAAAAGAAUUCACGAGAAAGAUGAUUUUUGUUUUCAUAAAAUAAUGUUCACUUUAGCACAGAUUUAAAUGCCAAACUUGGCAUAUAAAGGGGAUGAUGCUUUUAGAACACCCAUUUGCCUUAGGUUGCACACAAGGGACAUUGCCAAAGUUUUUACAGAUUAAAUAUAACACAGGAUAAAUAUAAAGCCAUAUGAAAUAUUUUAUUAUCCUAACCAGUGGUAAAGUGAUGUAAAGAUGCAUACGUAUUGAUAAGUAUUGAUCUAACGAACAUGCUAAUAAUGCUAGUAAAUUAUCUGGAAAUGAUUGUGCAUUCCAUAGGUUGUGGAACAGUGUUUUAUAGCGAGGGUAUGCAAUAUUAAAAGAUUAAUAAUAAUAUCCAGGCUUUUGUCAGUACGUUCUCUCUAACCAUUGAAAUUAACAGAGAACAUCAUUUUUAAUCAUUCUGGUCAGACAUAGUAAAGUAGCAUGGUCUCGGUAAGCAUGGGACAUGCUCAAAUAAGCAAGCAUUAAAGUAGUGGAAAGUAAUGCUACCAAUUUAUCUGGGUAUGAAUGUGGUCAACCAAGAUUAUGACAAAAUUUAUGGGGAUGGGGUGUCUACACUAUCAAUUUUAUGUGACAAAAAAAUGUGAUGUUUCCAUAUAUGGGUACGAUGACAUAUCACAUAUCAAAUUGUAUCAAAAAAAAGUUGAACAUGUUUAACUCUUAUGUUCCAUCACAUUUUAUGUGAAGGUUUUUUUCAUGAAAUUUGGUAUAAUGUUUAAGUGUAUUUUUUUUAUGUGGCCGGAACUGGGUACUGUACAAUUUGAUAAUUUAAUAAUAAUAUUAAGUAUAGCUCUGAAAUAAUUAUUGCACUACCAAAGUAAGAUUAUAGUUGUCUACAUUGGUGUGAGGGUUGUGCAUGUCCUGAAAAAAGCUUACACCACCCCUGCGGUUCCCACCAGAAAUGUACAGAGCAUUAAAAUUAAUGUUGUAGUUGAUAAUCACCUCCUAACACUACCUCCCUUAUUCAUCUCACUACCUCCCUUAUUCAUCUAGCUUCCAUCAGCCCAACCAUGUUAAUACUCUAGAUGAAUGCUGUAGAUACACUAAUGAGUAGGACAAAUAUACAAGGUUGCUUUGCUGGUCAGUUAUUUAUCUGCUGUACUUCCAAAAUGUACUUAUUCAUAUUAAAAAUGUAUCAUAUAUUGACGUUCCUCAGUUGACAAAAAAAAAAUAAAUAAAUUGUAGUAUAAAAAAUU